AUGGAACGGGUCAAGGGCAAGCGAGCGACCCAACGAGCUUUGCACACGCGUCUCCGAAACCAGGCAAGCCAACUUAUGGAAUCGAGUCAGUUAAGCGCUCCGGUGCUUCGAGUGCUGCAUGAAAGGCUGAAGAACUGCAACGAUGGACUACGGGUGCUCAACGAACAGAUGGAGGGUUACCUCACGGACGAGCAAGCAUCCGAAGACUGCAUCAAGGUUGCGGAUCAUGAAGACAACGCGGCAGCAACGUUGUCGCUUCUCUGUCACCACAUCGAACAGUUUCAGUCUCAAACGACCGCGGAUCGAGGCCUACCGACACCUAGGGACGCCUCAGCUUCAGGUACGAUCUCAGCACAUCGUGCCCUCGGUGAUACCUCAACACCAGUUGUCGGUGCUUCUCGACUUCCGAAGCUCGUCUUGGUUCACUUCAGUGGAACAGUGCAACAGUGGCAGCCCUUCUGGGACAUGUUCAAGCACGCCGUCCGCGAAAAUGCCAGUUUAACGAACAUCGACCGCUUCCACUACUUGAAAACUCUUUUGGCUGGACCAGCGACCAAAGCGAUCGAGGGAAUUCAAGUGACGGACGCAUCAUAUGCAGAUGCCAUUGAAAUUCUAACCAACCGCUUCGGCAACGUGAGGAUCAUCGAGCAGAAGUACUUGGAGAAUCUUCGAAUGCUGAGACCAGUGAUGUUUUCUACUGACGUGACCGCUAUGAGGAACCUCCAGGAUACCGUACAUAUUAACGUGAGAGGUCUCAAGGCUCUUGGACGAUCGGAGCUUUCAUACGCUGCGAUGCUCGUCGAGAUUCUAACUAAAGUGAUCCCCAAUGACAUCGUGAUGGAAAACUACAAGCAACAGAGCUUACUACAAAAGCCUGACGAGAUCCAGUCGGCAGAGACGCAGCUGCGCCAGCUAUUGGAUUAUCUCCGACUGGAGGUCGAAGCCCGUGAAAAAUUGGUCACCAGGAUUCCUGCGUUCGCGACACGCACGAUGGAAGGCGCGACAGGAAGCCCUGUGCCACGCCUACCACCUCCGUGUUGCACAACGAAUCCAGCAAGAUGA